AUGGGGUCUGAGUCGGUGAAGGUGGUGGUCAGAUGCAGACCGGUGAACGACAGGGAGAGGGCUCUGAACUGUAAGACGGUGGUGUCUAUGGACUCGCACCACUGCCAGUGCUGCAUCGAGAAGCCCGGGGGCACAGAUGAGCCCCCAAAACAGUUCACCUUUGACGGAGCCUACUUCAUCGAGCAAACCACUGAGAAAAUGUACAAUGAGAUCGCCUACCCUUUGGUUGAGGGGGUGACGGAGGGGUACAAUGGCACAAUUUUUGCUUAUGGCCAGACUGGAAGCGGAAAGUCCUUUACCAUGCAGGGUGUGUCUGAGCCUGCUGCCCAGAGAGGGGUCAUACCAAGAGCCUUUGAGCACAUCUUUGAAAGUAUCCAGUGUGCAGAAAACACAAAAUUCCUUGUGAGGGCUUCCUACUUAGAGAUUUAUAAUGAAGAAAUCAGGGACCUUUUAGGAAAUGACACCAAACAGAAAAUGGAGCUGAAAGAGCAUCCAGAGCAUGGAGUGUACGUGCGGGACCUCUCGAUGCACACGGUGCACAGUGUGGGAGAGUGCGAGCGAGUCAUGGAGCGAGGUUGGAAGAACCGGUCUGUGGGCUAUACACUGAUGAACAAAGAUUCCUCUCGCUCACACUCCAUCUUCACCAUCCACCUGGAGAUCUGCAACACUGACUCUGCGGGCGAGGACCACCUGCGAGCAGGGAAACUCAACCUCGUGGACCUGGCGGGUAGUGAGCGCCAGUCUAAAACAGGGGCCACGGGGGAACGUCUCCGUGAGGCCACCAAAAUCAACUUGUCCCUGUCCGCUCUGGGCAACGUCAUCUCUGCCCUGGUGGAUGGACGAUCCAAGUAUGUUCCCUACCGGGAUUCCAAGCUGACCCGGUUGCUGCAGGACUCCCUCGGGGGGAACACGUGCACGCUGAUGAUUGCCUGCCUCUCGCCUGCAGACAGCAACUAUGAGGAGAGCUUGAGCACACUACGCUAUGCAAACCGGGCCAAGGCCAUCCAGAACAGGCCUUGUAUCAAUGAGGACCCCAAGGAUGCCUUGCUCCGGGAGUAUCAGGAGGAGAUCAAGAAAUUACGUGCCCUCAUCUCUGGCCAGCUCAGCACUGCAAAACUUUCAUCUCUUCUGGCUGGUGAGUUGUCUGACUCCCCUGUUGUCCUGCCCGGGCAACAGUCUAACACCACAGAAGCAGAGAAGGAGGAAAUUAAACAAGAGUAUGAGGAGAAGCUGGCUAGGUUGCAGGCUGAUUACAAUGCAGAGCAGGAAUCCAAGGCUAAGCUCCAGGGGGACAUUGCUACUCUGCAUCACUCAUACGAAAUCAAGCUCGCCAACCUGGAGAAGACCCAAGUCAGUAGGGGGAGCUCUAUACCAAGAAAUGAGAGCUCUAGCGAUAUGACCCAGGUUCGUGAGGAAGAGGGCUGCCACAGUACUGAAGCCUUGUACCCUACCCCUGCUGAAGAACCAGCCUUGACCAAGGGCAAACAGCCCCUGGAUACUUAUCCAGUGGUCAGUGUCCAAAGAGGACCAGCAGGAGACGGGCACAUAGAAUCAUCUAUCAUUGCAACAUCUGGGCCUCUGGACCAGAGACAUGCCCUAGAGCGGCUGCAGCAGCUGGAGCAGGAGGUGGUAGGUGGGGAGCAAGCCAGGAACAAGGAGCUCCAACAGAGACAUCAGCAGAGGAAGACCCUUGCCGACCAAAGGAAGUUGCAGCUCGUCCAGGCCCUGUCAGAGAACAGUGAGGAGAGCGAGAGCGUGCUCCUAAAGGUGUACGACUCCAUCCAAGAAGAGGUUCACAUAAAGAGCCAAGCUCUGGACAAGAUGCAAGGAAAACUGAAAGCGGCCAAGUUGGAGAUCCGUGACCUGCAGGCAGAGUUUGAGAUGGAGAGGAAUGACUAUCUGGCAACCAUCCGCCGCCUGGAGAGGGAGGGCCAACUACUGCACAGCCUACUGCAGCGUAUGGCGCCCCUGGUGCGUCGGGACUGCAACUACAGCAAUGUGGACCAUCUGAGGAAAGAAGCCACCUGGGAUGAGGACAGUGGCAGCUGGAGGUUGCCUGAUGUAUUGGUACAGAAAACGUCACUGCCUUCAGGUAAGCCACAGGAAGUAGCCCCUGCUCCUCGACUCUCAGCACAUAGAGGCUCAGCUGCUGACGCGGGAGAGAUGUUUAUGCAGGUGGAAGAGGACAGGUACAAGGAAAUGCUGGACCGUAGUGACAGUGAAAAUAUUGCCAGCAACUACUUUAAGUCCACGAGAGCCAUUCAACUAUUGGGUGGUGAAACCACCAAGGGACUUGCCGUCCAUUCACCUCCUGCUGUCAGUGGGGCGGCCCAUCUAACCGCCAGGGCUUCCAAUAUCAGCCCGCCUCUUGGCUUGGAGUCGGUAAUGCCACGACCAUUCCGGCUGGAAUCGUUGGGUAUCCCUGUGCCCAAUGGCAAGGUGAAGCGGAAGAAAAGUAAAACACACGUCCUUUAUGAAGGGAACUGA